AUGCUUCGUGAGGCAGCACCGAUUAUUACGUCAUCCUUGACCCACAUUUUUAAUGAUUCGUUGAAAAAAGGUGAAUUUCCCGAUGCUUGGAAACUAGGUUAUGUUUGUCCUAUUUAUAAAUCGGAUGAUAGACAACUACCUAAUAAUUAUAGACCUAUUACUCUCCUAAACUAUUUCAGUAAAGCGUUUGAUCGAGUACCACAUGAUGGUUUAUUACUGAAACUGGAAAGUACUGGGUUAUCUAAACAAUUAUUAUUGUGGAUGGAAAGCUAUCUUAGCAAUAGAAAAAUUAUAACAGUUGUAGAAGGCUCGACAUCAGAUGAGUUACUGAUAUUUUGGAACCAAUAUUAUUGGUCACCCAUAAUAUUGGGUAAUUCAUUUUAG